CCUCUCUAUCUCCUCAACCGCGAACCCGCGUUUUAUCUCUCUAGAAAACUUCGCUCUUAUUUCUGUAAGAACACAAAACUUAUUCGAAGGGAUAAAAUUCUUGACUUUGAGCUUUCAUUUAGCUUCUUAUAAAAGCUUCUUCCUUUUUCUUCUCUCUAGUUUAGAUCUUCAUCAUAUAUAUUUAUCCCAUUUUCAAUUUCCUUUUUAAAAAAAGGUUUUUGCAGAAAAAAAAUCCUAACCCAUGGCUGGUCGUUACGACGAAAACCCAUUCGCUCAAGAAGAAGACGAAGUUAACCCUUUCUCGCAGGAUCCCGCCGUGAGAGGGAAGGCAUCUGGUCAGUCUAAAUUUGGUGGUCUAUUUUCAAAGAAUGUUCCAAGUGCUCCACCUGCGUCAAACUCGAGACUUUCACCACUACCUCCAGAACCUGCUGGUUUCAAUUAUGAUCGUGAUGCGACAAUUGACAUUCCUCUGGAUACAACUUCAGGAGGAUCAUAUCAGGAUUUGAAGAAGAAGGAGAAGGAACUACAAGCUAAGGAGGCUGAACUGAAAAGGCGGGAGCAGGAAGUGAGGCGGAAAGAAGAGGCAGCAGCAAGAGCUGGAAUUGUUUUGGAAGAGAAAAAUUGGCCACCAUUUUUCCCAAUCAUUCAUCAUGAUAUUGCAAAUGACAUACCGGUUCAUCUACAAAGAGUGCAGUAUGUCGCAUUUUCAACAUUUUUAGGAUUGUUUCUGUGCCUUCUAUGGAACAUCGUUGCUGUCACUGCAGGAUGGAUAAGAGGAGAAGGUGUGAGGAUCUGGUUCUUGGCAAUUAUCUUCUUCGUAGCAGGAGUUCCGGGAGCCUAUGUUUUGUGGUAUCGCCCACUGUAUCGUGCUUUUAGGAAAGAGAGUGCUUUAUCAUUUGGCCGGUUCUUCCUCUUUUAUUUGGUUCACAUCGGCUUCUGCAUCUUUGCUGCUGUGGCUCCCCCUAUAGUUUUUAGAGGGAAAUCACUAACCGGGAUCCUACCGGCAGUAGAUCUUAUCGGAGACCACAUAUUGGUUGGGAUCUUCUACUUCAUCGGGUUUGGAUUAUUCUGCGUUGAAUCAAUUGUAAGCAUCUGGGUUAUCCAGCAAGUAUACAUGUAUUUCCGGGGGAGCGGUAGAGCUGCCGAGAUGAAGCAUGAGGCUGCAAGAGGAGCUAUGAGGGCUGCCAUAUAAUGCCACAGACUAGCUGCAACGAGCUCGUCCCUGGCGAUUUGUUGCGCCGAUCUCUGUAAUUUAUUGUGUAUGUUGUUUGAUUAGCAGACAGCAUA